CUAGCCCACAGAUGACGAAAGCUGCUUAUCCUCUUGGUUGCCAUGGAGUUGAAUUUGAGCAGCACUGAGGCUGCUAGAGGGAAAGUCAGCAUCAGGCAGCUGCAGUGGUCUGCAGAAAGAAAACAGGGACAAGAUCGUGGCAGACAUGGACUUGCAUUGUGAUUAUAAUGAUAUUUCGGCUUCUGAACAACAAACUGGCAAGAUAAGUAAGACAGCAUUUAAAUUAUUUGGGAGGAAAAAAUCAGGGGGCACCAUGCCUAGUAUUUUUAAUCUGAAAAACAAAGGGGAUAGGAAAAGCUCCUUGAAAAUGGGGCUUGUUAGAAGCAAAACGCAUGAUGGAAUUGCUGAUAUGGGACUGGAAGUAAGCACCAAGGAAGAAUCUUUGAGUAAUUAUCAACUGGACAAUGAUUCCAGUACAAAAAUUGUCAACAGUAUGAGCUUUGCUGCUGGUGGUUGCGGACCUAUUGCUAAGUCUCACAGCUUUUUCUCUUUACUAAAAAGGAAUAGUAGAUUAGAAAAUGGCAAGGGGGAGUCAGUACAUUCAAACUCUGAGCAGGUGAAGGAGAAGAGUUGCAACAGACAAAAGAAAGGACUGAAAGGGUUGUUCAGCAGCAUGAAAUGGCAUAAAAAGGACAAAAUUAGUAAAGAGGAAAAAGAUGAGUACCUGGAAAUCCAUGGCACUAUUACACUGCCUAGUUCUUUGACUGCCAGCUUGGAAUGUGUAAAAGAAGAGACACAGAAAUCUUGCUCUGAACCUGAAAGUGCUGCACUGGAAAUGCAAAACAAAUUAUCCUGUGAAUUGCAGUCUGAUAAUGAGGACACCUUCACUGAGGAAUCAAAACACACAAAUAGUGGGAAGUGCCUUCCAGAAUUAUGUAAAAAUUUGGAGAAAGUCACAACUGACCGCCAAUUAUUGGACCAAGAUUCUAAUGUCAAGGCUUUUGAACAGCUGGAGGAAAGACAGGAUGGAGGAUUGACUUAUGUGGGGCAGGAUGUACAAGACGAAUGUAUUUCUGUAACUGGAUCUGAAUCUCAUCACACCACUGAAGCUUCAACACUCUGUGCACCCAAUAAUGAUCCAUCCUCAGAACAAUCAAUUGAUCGUAUUUGCUUAAUGUUUUCUGAUGUUACAUCUUUAAAGAGCUUUGAUUCAUUUACAGGGUGUGGAGACAUUAUCGCUGACCAGGAUGAUGAGGGGAAUGUCUGUGAAAGAGGAGCUCCUGCAGAAAAGGGAAAGGGUGGUGCAAAGAAACGCUCAAAUAUUCUGACUUAUCAAGGUGGAGGAGAGGAGAUGGCAAGCCCAGAUGAAGUUGAUGAUGACUAUCUGCAAGAAUUUUGGGACACACCUCCAUCAACUGUUGAACCUCUUAAAGACAAACAGGACCAGACCAUGGCUGACCAAACCCCCUGGAUAGCUUCAGAAAUUCCAACUUGCCUUGGUGAUGCGGCAGAAGGAACCUUAGUCAAACAGCUUACUUUGAAUGAUUUUCCCAAAACUAAAAAUGAUAAUGAAGACCCAAUGACCACUAAGAGUGAUCAACAAGAUUGUGUCCCAAAUAGUGAUGAGGGAUACUGGGACUCUACAACCCCUGGACCUGAUGAUGAAAGUGGGAAAACACUUGCUACCAGGGCAAGUAUUCCAAGAGACAGUUACAGUGGAGAUGUUCUGUAUGAUCUGUUUGCAGAUGUAGAUGAAAGUCUGACAAGUAUUGUUUCAGAUGAAGAAAUGUCCUCUGUAUCUGAACCAAAAAUCCAGUCUCCAAAACCUCUUGUGUCCACAUCUAAUAUUACUGCAUCCAACAUUACUACAAUUUCCAAGGAGAAGAAUGUAUCUGCUAUCCCCAGGCAUCGGGCCACUUCAAUUGCACGACAGAGUGAAGCAAAUCACACUCACUGGCCUCAGACACAUCAGCAGUUGGUAGGAUAUGAGCCUGCAAGAACCAAAAUUCCUGUUGCUAAGACAUCAAUUCCUAGACCCAAUAACAAAGGCAUCACUGGAACAAAUGCAAAGGUCUUGGCAACCAAGGGAACUGCAAAAAAAAUAGUCUCUGAAAAGCUACGGUUGGAAAAUUAAGAAGUGCAUGUUACAUCACUCCAGAAGCAUGUAUUUUGUAAGGAUAAGCACAAUAGUGUGAUAUUCUGUUUGCACUCGUAAUGUUUACACCGUGUGACAGAACUUUUAUCACUUGGCAAAGGGCUUCUCUUGUGAUGUCAUAGAAUCGUGCCUAGAAACAUUAAGCAAUUUGAAAUUUUAAGAAGCACAGAUGCAAACACAAAAUUUAUAGCUCACAAAUGCUUCUUAGAAAAGAACAAGAAUUGUUUGACACACUAAAUUUUAAAUAGAACAGCUAAUGUGAACAAAAAAGGUAUUUGUGAGGGAAUACAAAAUAUAUUUGUCAAACAGUGGAUGAGAAGUUGAACCAAAUCCCAUACACCUUUAUGAUGAAAAAUAGACAGCAUGCCGAUAUCUUUUGCUCAGAUGAUAUUCUUCAAAAGACGAUCAUGAAUUUCCACCAAUUCAAAGUACAGCAGAGGAAACAAACUGCAGUAGGAUGGCACCUGAAGCCAAUCCAUUCUGGGAUCAGAUUGUGUUGAUUCAUUGGACAUUUGUGAUCCACAGAAGAAGAAAAUAAACUGAUAUGUAAAAUGGUUACAUAAUUAUGAUCAGGGAAUGAUUACAUAAUCAGGCCAGAUUGUAUUCAUCACAAAGAAAAUACUUAAAACGUAAAAUGGUAAAUAGUACAACAUUUAUUCCCUUGAAGCUAUUUUUGGAAGGGAGAGAAGUCUGCCUUCUAUAUUGUUUUAUUACCUUCAUAAAUUUGAUUCCUUUUGAAUUUUCAGUCUGAUAAUGCUUUUUGCAUAACUAAAUCUUACUUUUCACAUGUAGUGACAAUAAGUAUAAUCGAGUGAAUGACCACCAGAAAUGUUCUCACAAUGAUGGGAAAUAAUAUAUGAUUAUAUAACUUAGUGAUACUUUUUAAUUAACCGUCUCUGAGAUAUCAUACAGCUCUGGAGCAUGUGGGACUUGAUCCUGGAUCUCCUGGCUCAGACGUAGGGGCACUAUGAUUAAGCCACAAGAGUCCCCUUAUAUUGCUUAGAUUGUUCAAUCCAACAUUUUGUGUUUAAGUCUAUAUAGUGAGUGAAAUUGAUAGUCAUACAACCUUUUUUUAUAUCAAGUCACUUUGUGCAGUAUCCAUUAUUUCUGUGCAGUGAUUCUGACAGAGACCAGCUUAUGCAGAGGAAAAUAGAAAUGGAUAAUACUUAUAAUAUAUUUCUACUAUAGUAUCCAGUGCAAAUGUUUAAAAUUGUUCUUAUUUAUUUGCAGAAAACAUACUAUCCAAUAAGCUAGACUGUUAAACUCCUGUCUUUUACAUUACAUUACAUUACAGUGUGGAAACAGGCCCUUCGGCCCAACAAGUCCACACCGACCCGCCGAAGCGCA